UUCAUUCAUUUGAACUAAAAGGAACAUGUGUUUUUCAUUUAGUUAUGUUUCUUUACUGGCUUCCGUACAUGAAGUAAGGCUGAGAAUGGAAAGUGAAACCAAGUUUUGUAAAUCACUUUGCUGACUAUUCCAUUGUGUUUCAUAUGUAUGUAAAACAGCUGCAAUGCCGAGAAAGCUAGCUGGUUCUCAGAGAAAACCACUGCAGAGCUGUUAGCAUACUUUUAUACAGCUUUGAUUUCCACUCUAUCAACUUGUCUCACUGGAUACAAAAUAAAGUAACUACAAUCUGUUUCAGCCGAGACUUCGUUGCAAGCUCGACAUGACCUUACCACAUCAAAUGCCACACGUUUAAUUCCAGGCUCUGUUUGUCCUUCAAGUUCUGCUUCCUGCCUUGUUGCUUUGGGUGUGUUUUCAGAUCAUUUCAAUAAUGUCGGCAACAAUGGCACUUUCCUUCUACAAGAGAAAAUUUCUCGGCUCUCUGAAUCUGGAUGAAGUUACACUUGAGAUUUUUAGGCAAGCAAAUGUCAUGGUGACUUUGGUAUUAGGCAUGGAACUCCAGAUUAGUGGAGGCUCUUCAGAGCAGGUUAUGAAAGCUGAGGAAAUUCUUCAAGAUCUAAUAGUUGAGAAGGAAUUCAAAUGCAAGUCAGAAACCUAUGCAGAUAAAGAAUGGAAACUGUUCAAGGGAAUGAUAAAAUCCAAACACAAUCAUCUUGGAAAAAGAUUUGAAAUAUUUGAGGUAAUAUCUGCAGAUGAAAUACCUGGCAAUUUCAAAGUUAUUUUAGCUGGAUUUAAAACACAGGUAUAUGCUCUGGAACAAACAGUUUCAGAUUUUCUGGAUGAUCGGAACAUCAUAACAGAAACUCUUCCAUUAAAUGCAUGUCAACUGCAGCUCUUUAAGGACUUUCUGCAUUAUUUUGGUUUUCAGCAUACGGGAGCUGAUGUGCAGACCCACCGUGACCUUACCAACAUAGUUGCUUCCAUAAAAGGAUCUAAGAGAGAGGCUGUCCUGGCAAAGGAGAUUAUAAGUCAUGCCUUUCCUUUAUAUAACUCCUUUAUUACAAAGAAUCAGCAACCUCUUUCACAUGAAGACAAAAGAGAUGAUUACUGCUUUUCAUUGUCAAGUAGAAGAAACCUUAUCAUUUCCACGAAUACGCCAGAAAUCAAAGACAUGCUUCUCAUUCUAAGAAUGGACACUGAAGACUCUCCCUCCUGUAUUCCAUUUUCUGAUGCUGAUUCACCUGAAGAGCUGCACAUUAUGUGGAACCAUAACAUUGCAGUAACACUGAACAGGGAAACAUUUCUAACUAGUGAUGAUAGAUGCAAAAUAAAAGUCACAGCUACAGCAUCGACUUGCAGUAACGCUGAUAAUGCUAUCUAUUCAUAUAAAUCCCUGGAAACUUGUUUAGAAACAGCUGUCUAUAUGACAUUAAUUCAUGCAGAACUGCAAAAGCUUAAGACAAUAGACAUCAUGUGCCACACUUCUGAACUCAACACCAUGUUAUUCUCAGCUUUCAUUAACUCAUUGGUCUCAGGAAUUGAUCACUUCAUCAAGGAUGGAUCACCAAAUGCUUUCCUGCAUACCAUCACACUUAGUGUGGAUAACAGACAAACUCAGAAUAAUGUAAAAGAUAUAUUCCUCUCCAAAACCAACCUGACUUGUAGUUUGGUACAGAAAAGCUCACACAACAUAUUCACCUACCAGGAAGCCUUAAAGACCGAACUUGUAACUGGGUUUGUGGAUGACAGCAAGGCGGAUGUUUUAGUCAUGCACGUUUCCUUCAAAGGCUCUGCUCCUAGAGUUUUAACAGCUACCAGGAAUGAAAGAAAUAAUGAUCUGAACAUUAUGAUGAAAGUAGUCUCUGAGAUUGUCCCAUGCUAUUACAGAAACGUUGUCGAGGUUCCUGUUAAGGCAUGCACAGACAUUGUCUGCACGUGUCUUUUUGCUGUGUCUUUGGACGAACUUGAGGAAUCCUCUGAAAAACUUCAUGAGGAGCUGCAAAGAAUUAUUUUAUCAUGCCUUGAUCUGUGUCACAACUCCUUGUUCAGAUCAAUCGUAUUUCCUCUUUUUGACUUAAGAGGUUAUGGGAUGUCAUUUGCCCAAACGAUGGAAGUAAUGCUUCAGGAAAUUGCAAAAUUUCGAGAGGCAAAACCAUCAACCUGGAUAAAAACUGUGCAAAUAAUCUUACCACCAGAAUAUACCAAUUCCACAAAGAUCAUUAAAGAAUUGGAAACAAGUCACACUGGUGAAAUUACUGGCAUUAUUAUCAGUGACUGUCCAUUCUUCCUCAGCUACCUUAAUGAUAACCAUGAUGCAGCCGAAGAACUAUGUGGAAGCUUUCUUAAAUGUGGAUUUAUUCUCCGCAUCUCUCAGAAAGUACAUUAUCUCACUGCUUCAGAGACCAUGGCAAGUCAGACAUGGCACCUGCUCAAAAAGAAUGCCUUGGCAACAGUUCUGUCCCUCACAAGAACAAAGUAUCAACUGUAUAUUGAAAAUAACCCAUCUCUGUCGGCACUGCUCACAGAAGACAUGUGGAAACAGUUCCAAUCCAUAAGAGUUUAUAAAAAAAACAUCGUUAUUGGGUUAAUAAGUGAGAUCCAGGAAUUGCAGAAAGCAUUACUUGUAACUGCUCAAGGCAGACGUCAAGUGACCAAAGAAACAAAAUUGCACAGUGUGACAAAAUAUAUUCUUGCUAACAGAAUUUUAGCAAAUGACCUCUCAGACAAAUUUCCAAACCUAGUGCAUUCAGUGGACCCUGACAGUGGUUUGAUGAAACUAAAAGGAUGUCAUAAAGAUGUAUGCCUUGUAGAACAACAGUACACUGAAUUGUUAAAAAAACUAAUCUCUUGUCAUGUGCAGCUUUCCGAGUAUAAGAUAAGAUUCUUAAAGUCAUUAAACCCUCAUAGAUUUACUCAGGAAUACUUGUCUAAAGAGUUCUAUGUAGUACUGGAAACAGAGCAGCAUGUUGUACUUUCUGGACUCUCUGACUCUAAACUCCUUCGGGCAAAAGAAUUCCUGGACAAACUUAUCUGCCAAAAUGUCAUCAACAUAGAGGCAGAACUACAAUCCAUGUCAUUCAUUGAGGGCUUGAAGCUCACCAUUCUUAAUUUAAAAGAAAGCAUAAAUCAACAAGCCCCAAAAAUAGAUAUUUUCAUAGAACCUGGAACAAAUGCAUACAUGAAUGUUAUUAUUGUUGGGUUCCAGAAGGAAGUGCGGAAUGCUGAGGAUGAAAUUAAAAAGUACCUUAACGAGUUUAUAUUGGUAGAAGACAGAAUUAUAUUUGAUCAGCCUACUAUUUUAAGCGUGGGUAGUGCCAUCUUUGAACUGUUGGGAGAAACAGACGGGAAUGUUGCUUUGGAUGCAACUAUUAACCCCACAGGUUUGGACAUUGUUCUAAGAGGAAAGAAACAAGAUGUAGAAAGAGUCAAGGCCUCCAUACUAGAGGACAUUUCUUCUGUUAUAUGUCACAGUGAAAUCAUGAUGCCUGGAACUAGAAGAUACCUGGCAGAAGAUGGUGCACAGAUCUUACAAAUUGUUGGGAAAUGUUUUCAGUGUGUGCUGCAGUUAGGAACUCCUGAAUCUUCUGAGUUAUUGAUGCUGGGAAGAACAGACCAUGUGAUAAAAGCAAGAGAAGCCUUACUAAACAUUCUGGACUCCUUUUUAGUUACUGAAAAAGUCUCGACAUACCUGCCAUCUUUUAAGCCGAACAUUGACCAGAUGCAGCAAAUGUAUUUUGUUCAGAUUGAAACAGACAGUAACAGUAUUACUGUUACAGGACUUAUGAAAGAUGUCGAGCAAUGUUGCAUGCAAAUACUGUCAGACUUAAUAUCUCUGCUAAAUCAGAACAUUGAGAGCUUACAGCAGAAAUAUACAGAAGCACAGGAAAGAGAAAAAUGGCUAAAAACUGAAAAAGUCAAGCUAGAACAAACAAAAAAUUAUUUGGCUCAGCAGAUUGAAGAUCUCCGGCAAGAUCUUGAGACAACAAAACUAAAUAGCAGUCAGGAAGUGAGUUCACUUCAACACCACGUUAAAGAUCUUCAGGCAAGACUUCAAAAAAAGAAGGAUACAUACAAGCAGAGAGAGUCAGCAUUUAUAGCAGCAAUACAACUGUGCCAACAAGCCAGUUAUACAGACGAUCUCCGAUCUAUCCACCUACCAGUGACCUGGACAAAUUCAGCACAGAACAAGGUUGUAGUACAACCCGGGACAGGUGAAUACAGCAAAGUAGAAGCAAACUUUUUGGCAACGUGCCCUCAUUACCAAAUAAUUAAUAUUGAAAGAAUUCAAAAUGUUUGGCUACGCUAUGCUUAUGAAAUAAAGAAGAAAGCAAUGAAAAAAAAGAAUAAACCAGAUGGUGUUAAUGAAGUAACAGUCUUUCACGGAACAAGUGAGGAAGCCUGCAUGUCAAUCAACAAGCACGGCUUUGACAGAAGUUACGCUGGAAAACAUGGUUGCUGUGCACAUUCCAUUAGAGUGAAAGGUACACGGUAUGGUUAUGGAGUUUACUUUGCCAGAUCUGCAAGACAAUCAGAUAUUUAUGCCACUUCUCGUCAUGAUGGUAAUUCUUUCAUGUACCAAGCAGUCAUACUUGCUGGAAGGUAUAAAAUAGGACAUGCAAAUAUGAUGACAAGACCCUCUCGCUCACAUUCUGACAACACUGACCUGUAUGACUGCUUAGUUGACAAUGACAGAUUGCCAUCUGUGUAUGCAAUAUUUCAUGAUGAUCAAGCUUACCCAGAAUAUCUUAUCACAUUCAGAAGAGUAACAGGAUGAUUUUUUUUCACAUGGCAAUCCUAUCCAAAAGUAAUGAAUUUUAUCAUUGGUUAAAUGUUUUUAUUCAAUGUAUGAUGACAUAUUCUGUUUUUGUAAAGUGAGUCUUGGAAUGAAAACAGUUCUGCAAAAUACACAUUUUGAAAAACUAAUACAGCCAGCUCUCUACUUAUAUCAAACAGCACCAUCUCCUCACUUGUAAACAGCACUGAUUCUGGGCUGGCUGGAACACAGACACAGCUAUGGUCACUUAUAGAUGAGAUCCUUCUCAACAUGGAUAAAUGAAACCUUUCAAGAUCUUCUCAGGUACAAUCUUCUUUGACCUUAUCAAAGCUUUUGAUCUUAUUGACCACCUCUUCCGCCUUCACUCCCUCAAAAAAAUCAGACUUGGUUUCAACAUUGUCACCUGUCUCCAAGAUUUCUUAACAAAUUGGUAAUUCAGAGUCAAAAUUAGCUCUUCCCUAUCACACCGAGUACUCUUUAUCAAAGGAGUGACCCAGGACUCCAUACAUGCCCCAUUGUUGUUUUCGAUCUUAAUUAACAAACUACCCUCCAGUCUGCAUAACCUUCAUAUCACUAUUUAUGCAGAUGACAGGGUUGUCUUUCAGUCCAUUCCCUCACACUGAAGUAUUCAAACCGAGCUUCAGUCUGACCUCCACUCCAUUAAUUCUUGGCCAAUCAACCAUAAGCUACUCUUAAACCUACCUGGAACCUUACAAAAGCUGUCUCAACAGGUAGCACACUUGCCUUUGGUGCUGAAAGAUCAGAAGGUUGUGGGUUCUAUUUUGACUCCAGGUGAUUGGAUUAAUUUUCAAGUUGCUGAAAAUACAGUGCAGUGUUAGGUGAAUCUACAGUCCUGAGUGUAAAGUCCUUCACAUGAAAGGUUAAACUGAGGUACCAUCUGCUUGAGUUGGUGGUAGCUCAGUUGGAUGGCACCUAUAAAAGUAGUAUGGGAAGUUCCCUGAUACCCUUGUCAAAUUUUCCCUAGUAGUAUAAAUACCACCUUGAGUCUCCCUUGAGAAGAGGUCACUAGCCUAGUGGGAUGAACCCAGUAAUAAAGGAUAAAUAAAAUUAAAAAUCUCCUAAAAAUUUUAACAUUGCAGAUCUCAGUGGUACUCCAAUUGAAAAAAAAAUUGCAUUCUUUCAAUACCUAGGUUUAUGGCGGAGCCAUUCAUUUAACUUCCAUAUCCACAUUGAGAACACCAUGAAAAAAAUAAACUCUUUUAUUCUGGUCCUAGAAAAUAUCUUCCUUUCUCUCCAGAACAGAAAAUCUGCAGUAGGCAAAGGGUUCCUCCUAGCUCAACUCAAAACUGGGCUCCACAUCAUAAUCACAGCCUCUAAAAUAAACUCAUUCACUCUAUAAUCAAUUGCAAACAAAAUCUGCUGAUACAGUUCCAUUUUCCCUCUCAGGAACACCACUGUGCUACUGUUUCUUAAGCCAGAUAGCUGCCAGUUAUUAACAAAGUUCAGCUACUCCUAGGGUCUCUUCUUUUCAAAUGACUUCAACCAAGUAGCUUCCUGACUCUUCUUGGAAAACUACAUAGUAAAAUAAUCCCGUACAACCUCUGCAACUUAUCCAUCUGACAUCAUUCCAGACACCCCAAACCAAAAGCACUGUACAAGUUAUUCCUUCUCCAUUGUUGCACUCAAAACUUUGUCAAUUCCUCCUCCCUCAUCCAAAAGAAAUCUCUUCUUCGCACUUUCAGAACUCAACUCAGAAGAUACCCUCAUCAAAAAUCUGACUGAAAGUGCUUUUCCACUGGACACAUCACCUAAUUCUUUCCUCACCUACAUCAUAUGUACUACCACCCUCUCUUCUCACCUGCUGAUUUACUCCCCAUAUUUACUACUAAAAGUAAUCCACAUUUGUUCUUAUUCCUUUGUUAAUAUUACUUGCUUAGUGUUUCAGUUGUCUGCUGGACUCUGUACAUUCUGUGAUUACUCUAUGUUUGUGAAUUUGUUCUGUUUGGUUUGUGAAAUUUUUGACCCAGGCUGUGCCUGCAAAUAGUCUCCUAUAAUUAGUAUACUACUUCAGAAACAAACUUAAAUAAAAUAAAUGUUGAUUGAUUAGAAAAAUACAAACAAUACAUAGUAAUGUUUAUUGGUGAUAUAUUGUUUCCUGACUAUAUCAAGUAGUAUGCAUACUUUUAUUGUGAAUUUUGUUUGUACUACACAUUUGUCUUUCUAUUUUCCUGAGAAUGUUCCCUGUUCUUGUGUUAACCUUUUUCUCCAAAUACUUUAUAUGUCUCUUUUUCUCUAUCCCGUCUGCUCUCUUCUCACCAUCUCAGUUUAUGCAUCACCCUAAUUCCUCGGGACCUGGUUUUCAUCAGUAUGAGCAUUCUACCCCCAACCUUACUAUUGUGCAGCUUGCUCUGCUUUCCCAUUGCAUUACCUAGUCUGCUCUUUAAUAGUUCAGUACAUUUUCUUUCUUAGGGGGACAUUACCUCAUGGAACAAACGUGCAAUAAAAAUAAUGAUUUGAGGGCUCCAUGGAGGCAACUCAUCACUGUCACACAUAGUGUUCGACAGACUUUUAUUAUUAAUUAUCUUUUGCCCUGCCAAAGUAAUAUCAGUAAAGGGAUUUGUAGAUGCUCUAUGUGCACAGAUCCCUCUAAAACAUUUAGUCAGAUGAGCUAUUCCUCUAAUGACCACUACAGGCUAGCUGCAUUGUGCCUCAUCCCACAAAUCUUUUGUCAAAAAUGGUUACCUGUCCUUCAGACCUCAUUCACUCAUUCUCAACUAUCUUCCACCUUUGUUGUUUAAGAAACCUUAUAAAAAUGAAAAAGUGGCCUAUUUAAACAUGUGAGCAUUUUAUUAUAAAGAUUAAGUACUUUCAUUAUAUAUAACUUGAGAACUUGUUCAGAUAAAGUUGUCAACUCUCAACAAUUUAGAACCAUUAUUUGUAAAGUCUCUUCUCCUUUAACCACCAAUCUGUACAAAUUUCCAACAAUUAGUAUUAAAUGUUAAUACAUAAAUGUUUUAUAGGGUAUUUUUUACAUUCAAUUAUAUAAUUUUUAUGGAAUCUGUUCAUGUCAUUUUUGAUUGCUAUGUGCAGCCUUAAGUUUGUUAGUAUUUUUUUUAUUUUAUGAAUGGAAUCUUGCUAACUGAACAGAUGAAUGCCCUGCCUCUGUUUGUAGGCCAGAAGCCUUUGUCAGAAUAUUUGAAACAACACUGUAAUUCAUUCUUGUCCUAAAAUGAAGAAACUGCAAAUAAUCAUUAUACAGUAACCAGAAAAUCUUUGUGUCUAUUUCAUUUUUCUACCUGCUUCCUGUGCAUUCCUAUUAAUGGGUGCAUGUAAACAUAUUUGAAUCUUGCCAGUGCGUCAUGGUUCUAUCAUGUCCUGAUCUUCUGAUCUUGGCAGGUUUACUGGUUGACAGCUGAGGACAGGUACUGUAUCUGUGAAGAAUAAUAAUUCCUGCUCCCCAAAUAAGAAUGUAGAUCAGCCAAUUAGUUCUCUUCAUCUCUCCUCUAAAGGACACUGGCUCAGUAAGACCUCACAUUUAGCAAAUGAAAUAAACAGAUAAGUGCAUAAACAAAUUGGUCCAGAGUCUUAUGAUGUUCAGUAUUAACCAGUAAAAUGACUAUACCAAGAAUGAGGAGAGGACUUACCAAUUUAGUAGAAGAUAAUGCUUGAAUGUCUUAGUCCUCCAAGUAACAGAAUUAGCAUGUCUGAAAGCAUUUUGCUUUUUCACUGAUACCCUUUCCUCCAUGUAAUAACCCCAGUAUCUAAAUAUUUGAUUACAUUAACAUUAAAGAACACAGUGCCACAGUUUUGCAACCAGCAGCAUAUUUGUAACCCUUGUACAUUUUAUUACAUUUCAGCUUUUCAGUUUUAACCAAAAUAAAUGCAUAUUUGUGUGAGAUACCUAGCAUAACAGUGCAUGAUUGAAGUGCUACUGUCUACACAGUGAUGGUUGGGUUAUACAGCUCUUGAUAUGACCAGUCUGUACAUCAAGGUUUUUUUGCAAAAGGAGGAAAUGAGAUAUAGCCCAUGUGCUGUGUCUAGCUGCAAACAUAAUGCAUGCAAACACAAGCUAGCUCCACUGAGCUUUCAGCAUCAGAAUUAGAGGCUACUAGAAAUGAACAUUCAAAAAAAGUGCAUCAAAACACAGAAAAAAGCUAGAAAUUGACAGACACUGUAUUCUGUGGUAUACAAGUGUGGUAUACACCUAUGUAGUAUGUAGUGAUUACAUUGACAAGAUUGAUAGAAAAGAACUACGCUAAUGCCACAUCACACUAGAUGACAGCAAACAUGAAGACAAAUGAUGUACUGGUGAGCUAUAUACAAAAAUGUGUACCUGUAAAGAGGCAGACAACUGAAUGUGUAACAAUGGUGGAGUGAGAAAGGUGGCUAGACCAAGUGCAAGCUGCAAGUGUAACCAGUUAAUGAACUUAACUUCUGGUUUAGUCUAGGUGCUGAUCGGUUCCUCGUCUAAAGCAAUAGUAGUGCCAGUGUGGCAGUGAAGCACAGCUGUUAAAUGACAUAUGAUAUGCAGCAAGAAGCUCACUGUAGCAGUUUUGGUCCCCUUCUGAAUCUGUACUAAACUGCAGUAAAGAACUCUUUGCUACAGGUGUCUCAUUAACUCAUGUAAGCUGUGGAAUGUCACACCUCUGGCAGUGUACACAUCCUUAGUUUUCAGAGCAUUUUCUGAAAAAUCAAUUUAGAAAGCAUAAGAUAAACGCAUGUAAAUAUUCAUGAGCAGUACAUGCUAUGAAAAAAGCUACAAACAACAUUACUGGUAAAAAAGUCUUCUUUACAGUCAAAAUAGUCAGUCCGUUUAGUCUCUUUGUCUCUUUUCUUUAUUUGCUUAAAAUGAGACAAAACAUCAAAAUUAGUUACAGUCUUUGCCUUUUAUCAGUCUCAAAAUGUCUGAGUCAAACAGAAUAAUAUGCAUACAAACUAAACAUAAAACAAAAUGUGUCAUGCAUAUAUGUGUUAUAUCCAUCAAAGUACUAUUAUAUUUACAUUAUAUUCGGAUUUCUCAUAUUUUCGGCCUUUUAUGGGAUACUAUCUCGUUAUUUAUCUGAGCUGACUUAUUUUUUAGCAAAAAUUUCUUAUUAAUACUUUUAAUUUCUUUAUCAAAAGUUGUAUUCAGUAAAGUUAUAUAUUCUCUAAAUGAUAUUUUGUAAUUUGCUUUUCUUGCUUUAAAAAACAGUUGUCCACACCUCAAUGGAACUCCAGAACACAGGAAACAGUUGAUGGGCUUAACACAGUUUUAAUACAGUAAGAAAGCACAACACAUAAACGAUACUCCUUAGAAGUACGUUUUUGUCCUCAACUUCAUCAGAUACAGUUGAAAAAACUAAUUUACAUGCCUUAAAUACUUCAAUUAAAUACGAAUUCACCAAUAAAAACAGUGUAUCAUCAAAAUUAACAUUUCAUAGGCUUUACACCUCCACUAACAUAAAUAACUUCAUUUACAACAAUUCUACACUUUGAAUUUUUUUACUACAAUUCAUGAUGUAAAAUAAACUUGUAGCUGCUUGCAUCAAUAAACGUUAAAACAACAUCUCUCCUUAAGAGUUAUAAAUCAUAAAAAUACUUGAUAUAUAAGUUUGUAAAAUUCGUAAAAUUUUAUCUGUGCCCCCUCUACUGGCUCUAAAACUCACAACUGCUUCACAAUUAAAAUAAAUGCUUUUCUUGCUUUGGUUAAUUGAUACCAAAGCAAGAGAGUAUUGAUCUUUAUUAAUAUGUAAAGGUACGGAAAUAUUGCAAAAAACUAUGCAAACUAAUUUUUCAGAUUUGUCUGCCAACAAUGACUAUGCAUGUAUUUAGAUUUAUUCUAGAAUUUAUAACUUUACAUUCACAGAACAGUCUAUAUGCAGCAUAUCCUACGUCAUUAGAUUUAUUGCAUUUGCAAAUUUUAUCUGGCAUACAAAAUGUUUGAUGUUCACAUUACUAGGUAUAUUUUUCCAUUUUGGGUGGGUGGUUGCUAUUGUAACUGACUUUAAUAUUAAAGUUUUUUCUUCAUUAUUAA